GAGCCAGCGAGAGCGUUUUGACGUGAUGUGGGGUCGGCUGGCUGGCUAGCUCGCGGACUGGAAGUACACACAGAACAGAGGAGCGUUUGUUUGUGGGCCGCGCAGUCGGGUAUAGUUUUGCCAGUUUUCCACCGUUCCAGAGGCGGCCGGUCCCGUUUUUUCGGUUCUAGUGCAGACCGUGAGCCGGGCGAGUGUUUCAGCAGCUCGGUUGAUCGCGUGCUAUGGACAAUUCGCCAACUCGAAUGAUGCAUCCAGUUGGCUCCCAAGUAGGCAUGAUUCCUCAACCGUACGGAAUGCAACCUGUCGACCCCAACCAAGGCCCGACCACCCCUGAGCAGGACGUGUCCCGCAAACAGGACAUCGGCGAGAUCCUGCAGCAGAUCAUGAACAUCACUGAUCAGUCCCUCGACGAAGCGCAGGCGAGGUUCGUGCAUAUAAAACAUACCCUGAACUGUCACCGCAUGAAGCCUGCCCUCUUCAGUGUCCUAUGCGAAAUCAAGGAAAAGACUGUUCUGAGCCUGAGGAAUACGCAGGAGGAGGAGCCGCCAGACCCACAACUGAUGCGCCUGGACAACAUGCUGAUUGCCGAGGGCGUCGCUGGCCCCGAGAAGGGUGGUGGUGCUGGGGCGGCUGCCUCCGCCUCCGCUGCCGCCUCCGGGGGCCCUGGUCAGCCUGACAACGCCAUCGAGCACUCUGACUACCGCGCCAAGCUCGCUCAGAUCAGGCAAAUUUACCAUCAAGAGCUGGAGAAAUACGAGCAGGCUUGCAAUGAGUUCACAACGCACGUGAUGAACCUGCUGAGGGAGCAGAGUCGCACGCGGCCCAUCACGCCCAAGGAGAUUGAACGCAUGGUGCAGAUCAUCCACAAGAAGUUCUCUUCGAUCCAAAUGCAGCUGAAACAGUCAACCUGCGAGGCGGUGAUGAUCCUCCGCUCGCGCUUCCUCGACGCCAGGAGGAAGAGGCGCAACUUCAGCAAGCAGGCUUCGGAAAUCCUCAACGAGUACUUCUACUCACACCUAUCUAACCCUUACCCCAGUGAGGAGGCCAAGGAGGAGCUGGCCAGGAAAUGUGGGAUCACCGUUUCUCAGGUGUCGAACUGGUUCGGCAACAAGCGCAUCAGGUACAAGAAGAACAUUGGCAAGGCUCAGGAGGAGGCCAACUUGUAUGCUGCGAAGAAGGCAGCAGGUAGGGGACCGUCCAGGGGUAGCAAAGCUGGUGCGUCUCCCUACAGCAUGGGCCCCGCCAGCCAGGGCACUCCCACCCCCAUGAUGUCCCCGGCGCCACCCUCCGGCCCUCAGGACUCGAUGGGCUACAACAUGAACAUGAAUGGCAGCGACUACAGCUCGCCCUCCAUGCCACCUUCCGGGGGUCCGUACUCAGAUAGUGGAAUGGGAUAUGAUGUGCACCAGAGCGGUGGAUUGAAAAUGUCGCCGCGUUCGCCGGUGUCGAGAGGCGCGGGCGGUUCGGAGUGGAACCCACCACGAGAGCAAAUUCCUGAUUUUCCGCCCGUGCAGCCACCUGGAGGCGACGACGAUGACGGCGACAGUCGCGACGAGGACGACGACGACGAUGAUGACGACGACAUGCAUGGGUCGAGCAUGCAGAAGCGGCCCAAAUUGUAAAAACGCCCCUGCGAUCCACCGUCUGCCUCUUCUUUUAUAUCGUCAUUUUAUUCCUGGGCUCAUUAUGCAGCCGCGUUCGUUUCAAAUUAAGAUAUUAUUUUAUGGGUUCUUUCUUUUUCCUCUUUAUUUUGGUAUUGCGUGUGGAGGUGCUACUGCCUGAUUAGUAUUCACUAUUUAGUCUUUAUAAUUUUACCCUACUUCCAUAUCGUUUCUAUUACAAGGUGGAUAAUAAAGGCAAACAAAAAAGAAGCGUUUCGAGGGCUCCUCUGCGUGUCGCAGAGCUCAGAAACGAGGCUAACCCUAAGAGAGUAGGCAAGAUUCUAUAUAUUAUAUUGAAAACAUUUUCAAACAGUGACUGGAUUUAUAUAAAUGCAAAAGAAACAAAUUCAAACGCACCCAAAUGUAUACUAAAUCAACAUCAACAACGAAAAAUCUGUUUGAAAAUCGCGAAAGCAAAAAAUGUAAACGCAUUCACUCACUCUUUCUCAGUCGGAAAGCGCGGAGAAACUUGACGAGAGUAAGGAGUAAUCAUCUGCAGUGUCUAAAACCUCGGUAUACGUAGCAACAUGACUCGUGUUGUCUUUUAGAAUUAAGCUUUUUCGGAAUGAUUGUUAUAACCUAACAAAUAGCGCAUACGAACCCCAGUCGCCUCGGAAACAAACGAGUAUAGUAGGACGGGCGAUUGGACUCGAGGAUUGAUUAUAUACACUGUACACGAGAAACGUUUUGGCGCCGCAACCAGGCGUCAAAAUUAAAAACAAUGUAUACGAUUUUUGACAACAAGCAUGUACUUUUAUCAAAUUAUUAAACCUCAGAGCAAAGCACUCUUUGAUUCAGAGUUUCUUGCGCCUGCCGCCGUUCCGUUGUUGUUUCUAUGUAUUGGAUAGGUUCGUUGCCAUUUCAUACCUUAGCGCACGUUAACACCCCCCACCCCUCACCCGCCAUCCCACUUGCCACGGAUUAGGUAAUCGAGUAUACUUUAUUCCUUAACGAGGACACACAUGUAUUCGAAUUAAGUAAGGAAGUGGACAAACUGUAAUGUAUCCAUCGCAGAAAUACUUUGCUUUGCACGCCUCGAGGUGGAGGCAGGUCCCCAAUCACGGCCACCCCCGUUUCAAACCUCGACGGCUCACCCGUUCUGUCCACAGAUGGAGUGCGCGGCUCGCGGUGUUACUCGAAAGCUGCCUGCUCGCAGAUUAGAUGGCUCUUUGCGUCGCUUUUGAAAUUGAAUUUUCAACCCCUCCCUCCCCUUCCACCUCAGAGCGUGCAUGUUCUACUUUUGAUAUAGUGCAAAAAGUGUUUCUACAAAAGUCUGCCUUACCAUUAUAAUUACCACGGGAAAUUCGCUCUUUCAAGAAGAGGAUGCACUCUGUCACAUUAGCGCCAUUUCGUUUUCCCUCUUUUAAAUGUUGAUGUUGCGUUUGGAAUAUCCAAAUCAGUGCUCCGUUGAGCUCGCAGAUAUUUUGUAUCGCGACGCGGUUCUUUCUGAUGACACACACUAUAUUUAAAAUAAAAUCACGAGACGCCAGCAUGGCAAGGUAUACGUCAAAUAAUCUUCCACGAUUUGCGCAUAGACAUUCACGGUUACAUUUGGUGAUAUAAUUGAAAAUUUGUAGCUUGUCAUGAUUUAACGACAGGAGAAUUCAAUUCACGUUGUUCACGAAGCGGCAUAACAUGUCAUGCCUCAAUCAAAAUUUUGCCACUUUACGUUCAAGUGCUGUAGACGCGAAAUAGUUUGAUUUUUUCGUCAUUUUCGCAAAGCUUUCUUAAAAACACAAUUGAUUUUGUGCUAUUCCGCAACUCCGGCACCUUGUAAUAAUUAAACAGUGUGGAAUUAUGUAACAUGGUUUCUUCAAAAUAAUAAAUUUUGAUGUUAAGUAAGAA